UCUCUCUCUAUCCAACCACCCCAAGAUCCGUAUAAAUAUGCAGCCAAAUCCUGCUAGUCUCUCCAAGCAAAACACACCUCCCCAUAUUUCCUCCAGGAGUAAUCAACUUCUUCCAUUAAUUAGCCAGCGUUGGUCUUGUUCACUUGCCUCUUAAAAUGUCUAAGAAAGUUGUUGCUGAGUCUCCUCUUCAGAGAAAUAGCUUAGCUUCACUUGACCAAAAGCUGGCCAUGGCAAAGCGCUGCUCUCAUGAAGGAGUGGUUGCAGGAGCAAAGGCAGCUGUACUUGCUACCAUUGCCACUGCCAUUCCAACUAUGGCUAGUGCGAGGAUGCUGCCAUGGGCAAGGGCCAAUCUGAAUCACACAGCUCAAGCUCUCAUAAUUUCAACUGUUGCUGGAGCAGCAUAUUUUAUAGUUGCAGACAAGACUGUUCUCGCUACGGCAAGAAAGAACUCCUUCAAGAGUCCCAGCUCUAACAUUGAGGCGUGAUGACCUAAUUAUCUAGACCGAACUCCUUCAAGAGUCCCAGCUCUAACAUUGAGGCGUGAUGACCUAAUUAUCUAGACCUUGUUUGUAGUUCAUCAAGUAAAUUUGUAAACCAUCAUCUAUAUGUAUGCAUGGAUAAAGAUGGAGUUUACAUUUUUAGUCUAUGAAAGCAUUUCUUUUCUUGUAAAAUUAUAACUACAUUGAUUGGAGCCUGUGAUCAAUCUUAUUAUCUCCAGCAAUGGAUGUAUCAACCUUAAA